AUGAGUGUGUGGAAUCCUUCCUACUGGCUCCAGGGGGGGCGGGAGUCCCCUAGGCUGGUCCUGGUGGUGGUGUGUGUGGCCCUGCUGCUGGACAACAUGUUGCUGACUGUAGUGGUGCCGAUCAUUCCCACAUUUCUCUACGCCCUGGACCAUACCGGUUCACCCCCUCAGAUCACCAAGCCCACACCGCUCCUCCAGCCCAGCCACAGUGCACCUCUCCAGGGUUCACAAUCCCAGCAGGCGUCACAGGUCCUGGAGCCUACAUCGUUCUCAGCGGUGUCCCUGGAGGAAGACUCCCCCCUCCCGUCCAUACCAGCUCCCGGAAACAAAAACCAGUCUGACAGCAACACAACCCUGGCCGCCUCCUGUCUGCAGGACAGUUUGUUCCUGGAGGAGGAGAACGUCCGCGUGGGUCUCCUGUUUGCUUCUAAAGCUGUGGUCCAGCUCCUGGUUAACCCCUUCAUCGGACCGCUGACUAACAGGAUUGGAUAUCAUAUCCCAAUGUUCGCUGGGUUCAUCAUCAUGUUUCUCUCCACAAUUCUGUUUGCCUUCUCAGGUUCCUAUGCACUGUUGGUCUUCGCUCGUUCUCUUCAGGGAAUCGGCUCCUCCUUUUCCUCUGUGGCAGGUUUAGGGAUGCUUGCCAGUGUGUACACAAAUGAUGAGGAGAGGGGCGUUGCCAUGGGAGUUGCUCUGGGGGGACUGGCCAUGGGAGUUCUCAUCGGAGCUCCAUUCGGCAGUGUGAUGUAUGAAUUUGUUGGGAAGAGCGCCCCCUUCCUCAUCCUCGCCUUCCUGGCGUUGUUUGAUGGAGCUUUACAACUUUGUAUUCUGCAACCAUCUAAGAUCUGCCCUGGGAGUGCGGAGGGAACCCCACUGCUAACCCUGCUGAAGGACCCUUACAUCCUCAUCAGUGCAGGCUCGCUAUGCUUUGCCAAUAUGGGCGUGGCCAUCCUCGAACCCACACUUCCUAUUUGGAUGUUGCAGACCAUGUGCUCCUCUAAAUGGCAGCUUGGCAUGGCCUUUCUUCCAGCCAGUAUUUCUUACCUGAUAGGAACCAACCUGUUUGGCGUUUUAGCCAAUAAGAUGGGGAGGUGGCUCUGCUCCAUGCUGGGAAUGUUUUUCAUUGGUAUCAGUUUGCUAUGUGUUCCAUUUGCCACUAGUAUCUACGGUCUAAUUGGUCCAAAUGCUGGUUUGGGCUUUGCUAUUGGAAUGGUAGAUUCCUCUAUGAUGGCUAUUAUGGGAUACCUGGUGGACAUUCGCCAUGCAUCGGUUUAUGGCAGUGUCUACGCCAUCGCUGACGUGGCCUUAUGUAUGGGCUAUGCCAUCGGCCCCUCCACAGCCGGCGCUGUGGUACAGGCAAUAGGUUUUCCUGCCCUGAUGGUGGUGAUCGGCGUGGUCAACAUCCUCUAUGCACCGCUGUGCUGCCUGCUCCGCAACCCCGCCAUCAGAGAGGAGAAACUGUGUAUAAUGCAGCAGGAGUGUCCGAUGGACAGAGUGUGUUACAGCACAGAGGGGAGUCCAAAUCUUCCAAUGAGGGAUGAAGAAGAGUGA